AUGUCUCGGAUCAACAUCCCCUUCGACAUGAUUUCAUCCAGAUUUAAUCUGUCCGACAGAUUUUCCGGUGUGCGGGCACAAUCUCUAUCUACCAGAUUUGCCAAUCUCAAGCCUGUCAAUGAAUUCUUCGAUUUCAAACGCCUCUCCAAGCCGGCAAACUUUGGUGAAGUUCAGUCCAGAGUCAACUAUAACCUUGGACACUUCGCCAGCAACUACUUUGCUUUAUUCAUUAUGCUUAGUAUUUAUAGCUUGCUCACCAAUCUCUUACUCUUAUUCGAUAUCAUCCUCGCCGUAGGAGGAAUGUGGGCUAUUGGAAAGCUCGAGGGCCAAGAUUUGAACUUUGCUGGUUUCCAAGCUACAUCCUCGCAACUUUACACCGGUCUCUUAAUUGUCGCAGUUCCUCUUGGAAUCAUUGCGUCACCAUUCACAACACUUCUCUGGCUCAUUGGAGCAAGUGGAGUUAGCAUCAUAGGACAUGCCUCAUUCAUGGACAAACCAAUCGAUGAGGCUUUUUCCGGGGAGGCGGUCUAG